AUGCCGACCGCAAGACAUAAUUCCAAGACCAAUUCUGUUAAGAUAGAAUCCUUGAAAUGUGCUGGUUGUACAAUAACGAGUUUUAAGAAAUUCAAAGACGAGCCAGAUCAGUCAAGUAUGAUUUCACUAGUGUACAUAAUUAUAGAAUUAUGUACACUAUAGUGGAAUCAUUAACAUUGAACUAUAUAAGCGAGGGCACCGGAGGAGCAGGUUGCCUUUUUAGAGUUGCCUACACUUCGUGUAGUCGUGCGCUACUCGAAGUGAAUUGAGAUCUGUCUUCAAGCAAUUUAGCUCAAACUUGAAUAUGAAAUUCCACCAAAAAUGUUAACCAAGAUUUCCAACUAUAUGAAAAAGCACGUCGAAAAGAAUUAGCCUUCCUAAAUAAUUGAAAAGCUGUCAUGUUGUUUUAUAUACACAAUGCAUUUGAGUCUUCAGCAUGAUACAAGGAAUAAAAGUGCUACAGUCAUUGCCGAAAUUUGUGCAACUAUAUUGUAGUACAAGUAAUCGAGCAUCCGUAACGCAAAAUUUUAACGAACAUUGCUGCCCCAAAAAUUAGGACUCAGAACUACCCUUUUUAAAUGGCUUCCCCACUGCUUCACGUUGCGUCCGACGCCCCCUGGAUUUAAGGCUUUUAAACCUUUAACAAUGAAUCUUUCAUUUUCUUGUUAGAUAGCGUGGAUGUUCAGUGUGCAUCUCGCAAAAGGGACCUGGUAGUUAUGAUAAAUGGCACUAUAUCGAUAGGCUACGAACCGUUUGCCGAACAACGAGAUUUCGUGCUCUCGAUAUUAUCCAGAAUGAAAUUUGGUCUCCAAGCUACACAACUUUGCAUCAUUCAGUUCAGCGAUAAAUUCUACACUGCUGUUGAGAUGGAAAUGGGAGAACAUGGCGGACGGGCGGAAGUGUUAAGGAAUGUAUCAAAUAUCAAGUAUCAACAAGGUAGACGAACCAUGACUGGCUUGGCAAUGGUUUUGGCUAACGAACAGGUAAUACUGAUUCAACAUGUUUAGGCUAAUCACCACAGUACAAACACCGCCGUUACCAUUUCAUCAGUUGGCAUAAUCAGUAUAAUUUCUUUCACAUUAACCAUUAUUAUUAUAUGCAAGCAUCACUUCCGAUAAAAUCACGGACUGUGAUUGGUUGAGAAGCACUUUCAGCGGUCCAUUAUUUUCCAAAACAGCAAAGCUAAUUGAAAAUUUGAAAAUUAUAAUUUAAUUUCUUAUUUAUUUUUUAGUAAGUUAUCUGCGAACGGUUUUUAGUGGAAAAGAAGAAAUGCAUUUGUAUUUUUUAUUUUUUUGUUUUCUUCGACCAAAUGCUUACCACACUACUAAUAUGCAUAAUUUGAAAUCAUACACUUCAUGUUUGUUUCCAGUAUAAAUGUCUAUAAAUGCCAUAUAAUAAACUUUUUAUUAACCUCGCUUGCUCGGUAUGUACAGAGAAAUAACUAACCUCCAAUCCUGGCAAUAACUAAUGAAACAUCCGGUAUGAUUAACAAUUUAAUCUAUUCUUUCCCCUUUACAGUGUUUAUUAAGAUGAGUAAGAAACCUACCGAUGCAGUGCUCUCUGCCAUCGAUGAAUUAAACACAAUUUUUUAGACUCUACAGCCAACAUUGUUAGGGGGGGGGGGGAUUUUGUCUAUUUUAUUGAUUUUUUAUAAGUGUUUCAUUUACUUUUUGCCAAGAUUGUCGGUCCUUUUGUACAAACCUUGCUCUGCACGGGCUCGGUCUGUACAAAAAAGACCUCGGUCGAAUAUUUUUCUGUACAGACCUCGCGUUCGGUUAAUAUGAAGCUAUUAUUACCGGCGUUAUGCACCAUCGUCAUCAUACAUCAACGCCACCAUCAAAAUCAAUCAUAACAUUACCAUUGGGACUAAAAUCACUAUGACACUAUCACCAUCAACAAUCGCAAAUAAAACCAGAACCAUCAACCAGAACCAUCAUCCAAAAUCUUAUCAUUGUCACCAUUAUCAUCAUUUAAACCGCUAUCAUAACUAUGACGAAAACCAUGACAUUUAUUAUUUAAAAUAUCGCUAAUAAGACAAUCAUCAACUACAGACGACUCCCACUUUCUAAAAGAAAUCUUUAAGAGUUCUUCUAAAUUAUAGAGCUUUGAGAGGAAAUCUUGAAUUGGCAAAUCGUAAAUGUGACUGAACAGUCUACACGUAACAAAUAUAAAACAUUUUCAGUGUUGAUAUACAGUUAUAUAUACUCGAGUGGGAAUUCGGAAAACGAGAAAUUUUGAGUUUUUCCAAUUUCCAUGAAUGUUGAUAGAACUGUAUAUCAAUAUGGAAAAAAUGUUUUAUAUUUGUUUUAUAAUAUAUAGCACAAGGAAAUUUAAAGAAAUAAAUUUCCCGUGUUGACAAUCUCUAAGCCAAUCAGCGUUCAGAAUUUACAAAUGCUUACAUUUUAAUAUAUAUUAUCACAUACUUGUGCUUUUAUCAGGGCGAUAAUAGGGUGAUAUUAACAUUAUUCAUUCGUCCCCCAAGCGAUAGAACUGAUAUAUGAUAACCUAUGCAUAUACUGUAGCUGACUAGGAAAUUAAUUAAACAUUGUUGCGGAGACAUUGUUUCCUGCCAAUGUUUCGCCAUGUUUCCCAGAGUGGGAAAACACUUGGAAACAUUAGUGAGAAACAUAGGUAUACCUUAUCUCCGAGCCAACGGCGCGGAGCGCCGUUCCGGGCGUUAGCCCGGGGCGAGGGUACUAAUUCCCCCGGCUAUUUACACCCGGGAAAACUUAAGUUCAUGAAUGAUCGCGGGCGUGGGUCACCAACGAAGUUUCGGUGGGUGGUCUUGGGUGGUCACCCUCACUGAUCUCAAAAAUAUGGCGGACUGUCAUGAAUAGCGGACAGUGAUUGGUCAAAUUUAAAGUUUGCAUUAUAACGACUGCAUGACGACAGCGAAAUAGCAAACAUUUCUUGAUUUUAUGAUUGAUGAAUGAUGAUCUCUUGCAAUUUGUGAAUUUCAAAAGCUUUUUAAGAAAAUAAAGGCGAAAGAAUUACUAGAAGAAGUGAGUAAAAGCACGACGUUAACGAAGGUAGGUUUGUUUUAAAUAUUGAUGUAUAUAUUGUUCACUUUAUAACGGCUUCGAAGCUGAUCGUUGCGUAUAUUUAAUGAAAAAGACAGCAUAUAAUUUCAGUGUUUCUUUAUUGAUUAACCUUUUUUAUUAAUGGGAGAAUUUGAGAUCAUCUAUAGGAAACAUUUUUUCUUCUCUGGAAGCAAAUUUUGUUUCCGCAACAAUGUUUCCACGGGUGGGCAAACAGAGAAACAUUUGAGGAAACAUCGAGCACCACAAAUGUUUCCACAACAAUGUUUCCUAGUUUGCCCAGGACUUUAAAUCAAAAGCACAUGCUCUCUCCGUGGACCGAACGUAGCCAAAAGCAGCCAAUAUAGGAGGACAAAAUAUAAUUCGCUACAGUCUUGGCAUUACUACUUUUUAAAAUGGGCAGUUCUAAUUUUUUAAAGGUGACUUCUGCAUCACACAAAGCCCAUUGUUGCCAUAAAACUCACAAGCAUAAGACCACUAGAUCACGCCUAGCUAUCACCAAUUAAUUUACGUUGUAUGUACGUCUACUUUCAGUUUUUUGGCAAAAUCAAGGCUCGCCCUGAGGUUGACAGGGUCAUACUUUUAAUAACCGAUGGAAAACCAGCUGACAUGAAUCUGUUACAAAACGUUGUAAAAGAGCUCAAAGAAAAGCACGUGAAAAUUAUUAGUGUUGCGAUCGGAACAAGUAAUAAUUACAUACAACGAUUCAGAUACAUAGUGAGAUCCAUUGCAAGUGGUUUUAAACAAGCUUUCAAAGUGGAAAAGGAUAACAUGAAAUCUAUUGAAGAAGAUGUUGCAAAGGAAGUCUGCCGGACCGUACAACCACCAGCACCUCCUAAAGGUAAACCAAAAUGUAAGUACUGAAUAUUAAAUACGGUUUAAUCAGCAAAUCACACUCAUAAAAACUACCACAACGACCGUACAAGACAUUCAAUUUUAAAUACUUGAACCGAUUGAUUUAUAAAACAAUUUUCUUUAAAGUACAACAGAAAUGCUUCCAAGAAAAGAAAGAUAUUCUCUUUGCACUCGAUGGAUCGAGAACUGUCAACACUUAUACAUUCAACAAAGCAAAAUCGUUUGUCGCUCAGAUAUGUGCAGAAUUGGAUAUCACUCCAACCUUAAUUCAUGUCGGUAUGCUUCAAUAUAGUGAUGCGCUUAACACCAGGAUUGAGUUUGGUUUGGACCAAUAUACCAAAUAUCAUCAAAUCAAUGAGUUUCUACAGAAUGUUUUUCAUUCCAAGGGAAGUAGAGCGGAUUUGGAAACUGCUCUGAGAAUUAUUGAUAAACAGGUAAGAACUACAGCACUCAGUUCCUUAAAAUGAUAUCAAAUGAAACGGUUAUUAUGUUUAACUUACAGCUAAUUCAAAAAAGGUUGUCCUUCAAAAACCUUAAACCUUAAACAUUAACCGUGCAAAUUAAAGUAUGAUGGGUAACUUUCUAUUUAGAGUCUUAAACUCGCAAGAUUUGUUUUGACAACAAUGCUGGGGCAAAAAUAAUGAACACUUUCGUUGUAGGGCUAUUUGGUUCGCUAUACUAAUUAGCUUAUUGUUAAGCUCCAAAUAAGCAAUAUCCAUGAUACCUUGCGCGCUCAAUGCUUAAGGUUUAAGAUUCUUGAAGAACAACUCUUAUACAUACUGUACGUAAUUGGCUGAUUUGUGGCCACGUUGAUUAUAAAUUGUAAAUACAGUACGUGAUUGGCUGAUUUGUGGUCACGUGAAUAAAUGUGAUGUAUCUCGCCGGGUAACAAGUGAAAAAUUCUUGGUCGAUCCGACCGGCUACGUUGGUAAAAGCUCAAAAGUUUUAUACAAAGAAAGUUUUUCUAGUUCACGAAAAUAAUACAGUAUCUGUAACAGAGAAGAAAAAUUCUCGACAGGCAAUGCCGCUGAAACACGCAAGUUAUUUUAUUGUUUAAAAAUGAGACCUUUAGAAAUCAAGCUGUUGUUGGAAUUCGAAUGCAUCGCACUAUGCUGAAACCUUGGGUGCGUAAAACAGACAGAAGUGAAUAGAUGAUUCCCCUUAUUACGUUUUCGUAGCGCUUUGCAUUGUGGUUAUAGUGGUAUCACUGAUAAAGAUAGCGGCCUCGAAUGAAAAUAUUGAAUGUUUUCGCGAAUAUUUUGCUGUUGGCUAUCGUGAACCUGACCCUAGCUUUUUUAAAAGUUCUUGCACGGGUCGGGACAAAAAAUAAGCCAUCUUAAAUAUCAGUGAUACCACUAUAACCACAAUGCAAAGCGCUAAGAAAACGUAAUAAGGGGAGUCAUCUAUUUUAUGCAUGAUGAAGUUAAUAUUUAAAGCUUUAAUUUUGUUUGAUGAUUUUUAUGAAGUUAUGCUCCUUCAUACGAUUAGAAGCUAUUCCGGCUCUAUUUCCAGGAGCAUAAAAUUUUGUGCUUAAUUUUCUAAAGGUAUCGUCUGCCCGAUUCUCGCUACGUGUGAAAGCCGUGGGUUUCUCCCACAAGGAAAGUUGAUAGGGUCGGUUAGGAUAAACACAGUUAAUAAAAGAGUAAUAUCACAUUUGUUGUAAAGAUAAAAUAAUCUAGGCUAAUCUGUAAUUAGGUAAGCGUAUAAUACUAAAGGGUUAUUAACCGAGAGCGAGGUCUGUACGGGAAAGUAUUUGCCUGAGGAUUUCGUACAGAUGUGCGGAUAAGCCGAAGGCAAAUACUUUCCCGUACAGACCGAGCAAAACGAGGUUAAUAAACCGUUUAUUAUAUGGCUCCUUAAACACAUUUUCUGAUUUUCAUAUAUUUGUUUGAGCGCUAUAAAGGUAUUUUUGAGCUAUGUUUUAUUUGCUAGUUUUCUUCGUUUAGAUUUGGUUUCAUCACCGAAUAUUGUUUACGGAAAAGCAUGCAAAUAUCAUAUAAACCCAGCUUAUAUGAUAUUUUUUUAGAAUAUGGUAUUAAAGACGUUAAAUUCAUCUUUAUUUAUUUUUUGAAACAAGUAAACAAAUCAAAAAAUUUCCCCGCUAAAACUUACGUUUGCCAGUAAGAGUUCAAACGGCUUGUUUUCUUAGCUUUUCGAUGAAAUUUGUGUUGGUACAAGUACUUAUUAAUAUUUCCAAGACUUCUUAUUCUUAAAAAUGAUCCAAGAAUACUUUUUCCUCACAUAACGACCUUAUAAACGUGUAAAAACGUUUCAAGCCUGUCAAAUUGACAUAUGGGAAACCGGUCCGGAUACGGGAAAAUAUGGACCACGGUCCGGAUACGCAUUUUUACUAUGAUUUUCACCGACCGCACGUCGACCAAUCAGAAUCCAGGAUUCUGCAUGACUCGCAAGAAAAUUUGCGCUAUAGAAAUGCUAAUCUGUCUAAAAAAAUGAUGACUCUACAGGGUGUAUCAAAAAAAGAAGACCUUUAGAAACCAACCAUAUUGUUAAAAUUUGAAUGCCUUUUCAAUUGCAAUAUGCUGAACCGUAGUGCGUGAAAUAUUGAUAUAUAGUGCAUAUAUUAAUAAAAGGAGACCUGUAUAAAAAUCACCUUUUGUUUACAACACCCAAAUUUUAUUACCCCUGGGAGUUUAGAGUGCAUUGUAGGGCCUAAUUUUAGAAGCAUGUUAAAACUGCAUAAACUGUACAUGAAAGUCUAAUUAGAAUGAACGGUAAAACACGUUUUUACUGUUUUACGCGCUGCCUUAAAGGCUGUCAAGUCCGUUCUGUUCAUGCGCGUCAGUUUGUAAUAGACAAUAGACAAUAGACAAUACAAAUUUAUUUAGAACCUCCCCUCAGGGCUUUUCAGGUCUAAUUACAAGUUUAUAAGUUACAAUUUACAAGUAAUGAGUUUAUAAAUUGCAAUAUUUAGUAUAGAUAUGAAAUUGAGUGUCUAAAUACAGAAUUUAAAAAGUUAUGUAUUAGUUGUAAAAAUUAGGCAUUAAGGAGCCAGGUCUUUAAUGAUUGUUUAAAAGUGUUCAAUGAAGUACUCUCUCUAACAUUGUUCGGUAAACUAUUCCACAAUUUAAUAGCUCUGUAUCCAAAUGAACGUUGGGCAAAGCUUGUUCUACAUUUUGGGAUAUCAAGAUUAUGGCUAUUACGAGUGCUACGAUUGUGUACGUCAGAACGUCUCUUUACAAAUUUUUUUAAAUACAACGGUACACUACCGUUAAUAAUUUUAUAUACCAUUUGAGCAUCGCGAUAAGCUAACAUGUCCUGGACUGAUAACCAUCCAAGGUCUUUAAUUGUGGAUGAAAUAUGGUCAAAUUUCCUCUUGCCAGAAAUUAUUCUAGCAGCAAAAUUUUAUCUUUAAAGGUACCUGCCCAAACAGUCGAGCGAUAAUACAAUUUACUAAACACAAGAGAAAUGAUUAUAGAUAUCAGAGUUUUCUUAUCGAAUAAGUGUUGAACUCGGCUGAUCUGACACAAUGAUCCCAUAAGUUUAGAUGUAAGAUUCUGGAUAUGAUCGGUAAAAGAAAGACAUUCGUCCAUUAUUAUUCCAAGAUCUUUUGCACAGCGAACUGGCGUUAAUUCCUCACCAAGAAAUUGUAAUGGUGGUAGAUUAAUCUUGGCCAGAGCUUGCUUGGUUCCAAACAAAAGAAAUUUGGUUUUCCCUGGGUUUAUUAACAAGGAAUUUGAACAACACCAGGCAGCAACUCGUUUUAAAUCUGCAUUCAAUUUAUUCAUACUCUCGGCAAUAUCACAGAUUGAGAAUGAUAAGAAGAGUUUUGAGUCGUCCACGAACGAUUCGAUCUUACGUACAGUCCUUACACAUGCUGCUAAUCUCAUUAACAUACAAGUUAAAUAGUAGUGGACCCAAGGUUAUCCUUGCGGUACGCCGUGUGUAACACUCUGCAUAUCAGAUAAAUGCUGUCCCACUCUAACAGAUUGAACGCGCUCGCUAAGAUAACUUCGAAACCAAACAGUAGCUGAAGCGCUUGUUCCAAACUUUCGAAGUUUUUCCAACAGGAUAUCAUGACUUAUACUGUCGAACGCCUUGCUUAGAUCCAGUAACAUCACAGCUGUAAGAUUCUUUCUAUCUAUAGAUUGAUAUAUACACUCCGUUAAAAACAGCUGCAAAGUAUGGACAAAAUUUGUACAAAUUGCAGUCAAAUUUUGCCCAUACCUCUGUAAGUAGUGCUUCUUAGCAUUUUUCAUUUAAAAUUUUUUGUUUUGGGGCUAAAUUUUUGCUUUAGUAGUUCAAUUUUUCCUUCGUGCACAGAUUGGAAUUUUAAAUUAUCUAUACAGGGUGUAUAAAAAAAAACUGAACAGAUUUGAAAUUGCUCCCGAUUUCGCAAAACAGCUCAAAACAAAAAAUUUCUCGAACUCAAAUUUUGUGAACCAGGGGGUGUGUCUUUUCCAACAAACUAGAAAUGGCUCGCGCACAAAAUUUAAAAGCUGUAAUCAUAUUUUGAGUUAAUAGAUGGAAAUUUUGUCGGGUUUUUAAUUACUGUACAAAAUUUCAGACAAUUUGGUUUAGUCUAAGCCCUUUAACUAUUCAUUUUGUUCUAAAAAGUCAGCCUUUCGCAUGCUUAAUUAAUGCCUUUACCUAAUUUGCAUAUUGCUGACAUAUGCAAAUUAGGCAAAUGCAUUAAUUAAGCAUGCAAAUAGCUGAUUUUUAGGAAAAUGUAACUUUGCGUGAAUAGUUAAGUAGCCUGCGUGCAGGCCCAAGGGAACUGAUAGUGGGCCUGCAACCAUCGCCCGGUAUUUUGUAAAACGCCCCUUUUCAUAACACGCCCCAUUCGCGCGUCAAUUGUCAAAAAAGAACCAAUGACAGCACCCAAAUAUUAACAAACAAACUCGCAUUAAAAUGUAGCGGGGUUUUCUCUGCUUAUUCAGAACACUAAUAAACAAUGUGUAAAUGGAUGCGUUUUAACUCCCAAAAAGCAAGCAACGCAGUCAGUAAUUGCCAAAUUUGCAAGUGCUCAUUUUCAACUAAAAUCGGAACAGGCAAAUUAGGACGAAUUUCAACAGAAAACCAGUCUCAAACUUCAAAUCAUGAGGGAGUCGUGCGACCACAUUAGGAAUUUAUAUUAUGUGUGCUUCGCUGUCGCCAUUGGCAUUGUUAUAAAUAAAUUGUCUCACUUAUCAGAUCGUGUGUGCAAUUCUUGUUGGCGGCAGAAAAUACGAAAUUUAUUUCAUUUGGUAAAGAACUCUACAAAAGAAGAGAGCGUUCCGAGUCCAGAUCGUUUCGUUUCAAACGGCAAUUUAAUACCGCCUUCUGUUUCGCUCUCUCAGCGAAGCCUUGUAAAUCGCAAAGUGUUUCGAAUAGGCUUACAGUCGUUACAUGCAACUGCAUCUCAACAUCAACCAAAAGAUAAUUUUCUUGAGGAAGUGAGAACACAUAACGUAUCAACUGAAGUCUGUUUGAAAUUAAUGAAACUCAAGUAAAGGUUGCUAUAGUUUACCCCAGUCGUAAUGUGCUAUUCCAACACCUCACGACAAGCAAUCCCCAUUGGCAUAACGGCAAAAACAUGUCUUCCUUCAAGUAAACAAUAAACAGUCUGUUCUUGUUCCAUUUGUAAUCGGAAAAAGUGAUCAAUUUUCAAAUUUUAAGCUUAUCGAGAGCCUUUGUCUAUGUCUUUGUGAUGAAUCACUGUUCCAUGGGGCUUGCACGCGGGCUAGAUUAAUUAAUUACCGAUCGCUUCAGCUAGCCAAUGGGAAUUUAGCCGGCGGUUCGGCCGGCGAAAAUCGAAAACAUGGGGUGAUGGUUGCAGGCCCACUAUCAGUUCCCUUGGGCCUGCACGCAGGCUAAUAGUUAAGGGGCUUAAACUGAACCAAAUUGUCUGAAAUUUUUUACAGUAAUUAAAAACCCGACAAAUUUUUCAUCUAUUAACUCAAAAUAUGCUUGCAGCUUUUAAAUUUUGUGCGCGAGCCAUUUUUAGUUUGUUGGAAAAGACACACCCCCUUGGUUCACAAAAUUUGAGUUCGAGAAAUUUUUUUCAUUGUUCUACAUUAUAAGUACCCAACGAAGCUAUAUAUAUAUAAAAAACCGGAUACAAGUAGGUGUUUUGCAAAAUUGACAGCAAUUUCAAAUCUGUUCAGUUUUUUUUGAUACACCCUGUAUAUUGUUUGAAACAAAAAUGUAAAUAAACACGCGCAUGAAGAGAAUGGACUUGACAGCCUCUUUAAAUUAAUGCAUGUAAUCAUAUUCAUAUGUUUAACGAUACCAAAAAUGUUAAAUAACUUCCCAUGCAUAAAAUUAAAUUCAAUUGUGUAUACGCACCAUCAUAGUUAAUAGAGGAAAUGGUUUGGAAACUCGUUAGCAUUACAAUAAAAUGACAUUAAACCUCAUUAUCUAUGUUGUUCAGGUUUAUGCAAAAAUGUGGUCUUUCAUCGUCACGUGCGUAUUGUAUUUUUCUCAAGUCAACCAAUAGGAAUGUUCAAAAUGUCCUAUUGUUAAAGUCAUGGAUGGGCAAUAGGACAAAACCGUUGCUAUUGGCUGGUUGAGCAAAGAUACAAUACACACGUGACGAUGAAAGACCACAUUUUUGUAUAAAACUGAACAAAAACAUAGAUAGUGAGGUUUAUUGUAAUGCUAAUGAGUUUCCAAACCAUCUCCUCUAUUAACUAUGGCACCAUAGAUAUCUUAUAUACACUAGAUAGUGCAUCUAAUUAUUCUGCAAUUCAAAAAUUGAAGCAGUGAUUGCAGACUCAGGAUAUUCCCAUGAAAUGAUAAGAUUCGUGACACUAUAGAAAUUAUCCUAUUGUUAUAAUUUUAAUGCCUGAGCACUGCUGAACACAAGAGUGCAUAAACACAAUUGAAUUGUUAAUUAUACCAGGCGCAUGAGAUAUUGUGGUAACAACAAUAGGGUAAUUUCUAUAGUGUCACUACUUUUUAUUUGGACAUCCUCGAGUAGACUUGCCACAAGUUGACCUCGAACGAAACGCUGCUCGCAUUAUUUCGUUCGAGGUCGACUUGUGGCAAGUCUAACCCUCGAGCUGCUCUACUUACUGUUCGGAGUACUCCGGAUUUUCGGAAUACUAAUGGCAAUGGAACACGUUGAAAAAGCAUACUUAGAUAUACAAGUAACACCAAUCAUUAUACGAUUUAUUAUGCAAAUAACUAAUGAACGCAUAUACAAUAACACGCACGCAUAUAUAAUAAACUAAACACGUAUAUAUAAUAAACUAAACACUUGCACGCAUAUUUAAUAAACUAAACACUGCUCCAGAGUCCUGCAGAACACCGUGUGCACUCCAUUUCAUAUCGUUUGAUUCGUUCCAGAAUAGUGUUCCAAAUGUUCUAGAACAGUAAAUGGAGCAGCCUGCCUGUAUAACAACACACUUGUUUCCUCGGAAAACAGUUUGUUUUGUUUCUCCUCAAAGCUCAAUGUUUUUUUUUUCGAGACACCGAAACUCUGGGGAAAACAAAACUGUUUCCUUCGGGUGCAGAAAUUAAGAGUAUAAUACCACUAUUGCACUCAUAAACAUGCAUUUUUGUAUACUCUCUCACACAGAUUUUUAAUGGUCAAAACGGUGAUCGUAUUAGUGCAGAAGAUUUUGUACUGUUAUUCGUAAACGACGGUUUAAAACAGGGUGAUCAAGUCCUUGAGCAAAUACGGAAGUUAAAAGACAAAGGCGUGCAUGUCAUCAUUAUUGGCUUAGGAAAACCUGCAGAUUUGUACGAAAAAAUGGCGUCACACCCAAGUGAUGUAAACUACUUAGAUACUGUGUUAUUGAAGCAUAUUGUGAGGGAUCUGACUGCUAUAACUUGCAGAAAGGUGAAGUGUGAAGAUAAUGAAGUUGAAAAGAAUCAGAAAGGUAAAUAUAAUAGUGAAAGUCAACGCAAAACGCGGAAUGGAUUGCGGAAGUAGCUAGUGCAUAUCAUAUUAUUUAUUAAAGAUCGUUUAGGAUUGAACAAUAGGCAAUUCCAGCUUUUAGUUUAUGCGUGCAGGGGACAAUGGGAAGUAAGGUAUCAAAUUGCUGAUUAUGCUGAAGAAAUAAAAAUGGUGGCCGUGUAAACACGGAGUGAUAGCUUAUACUUGUAAAUAUUGAAAUAUUUCGGUUGUUUGGUAGUUUUUAUUGAAAUUUUUCAGCAUAAUCAGCAAUAUGAUACCUUACUUCCAUCAUCCCCUGCAGGCAUAAACUAAAAGCUGGAAUUGCCUAUUACGAAGGAGAGGCGCUCUCAAAGUGGAGCAGGGUGACAAGACGUUGGGGUAACAGGGAGUGAAGGGUGCAACACGAUAAACAUGGAAAAUUGUAGUAUUUAUUCAACAAUGAUUUGUUGAAGAAAGCCCCUAACUUGACUAAAUAAAAGACCCUGUUAUACCAAUUAUCUUUUUCAUGACGGAGGCGCACAAAUGACAUACAGAUCGAUUACUAAAAUCAUUACCAUACCAUUUUAGCCCUACAUUUUCAAACAACUUUCCAUGUUAUGAUUCUGAAAUUUGCAAAAUUAUUGUGGGGUGAGUCCCUCUUGAAAUCGACCAACCUCGUACCCAGGUUCUCAAUCUUCGCUCCUAUGUGACCCGUCAUAUUUUGGCGAAUUUGCUCAAUUGUUUUUAGGGAAAGUAUAGUAAAAGAGAUGUUUUUUCUGUAAUGUUAUUUUAACAAUAUUAAUGUUUACUACAAUAUCUACUUACUAUACUUUCCCUAAAACAAUUGAACAAAUCCGCCAAAAUAUGACGCGUCACGUGAUCAGCCGAUACCAGAGUCUCAAUUCAAGCGAGGUAGGAACGAAGAUUGAGAACCUGGGUACGAUGUUGCCAAAUGGGCAUGCAAUUGGUUACAAGGGUCACCACUGAAAAUCUCCCCUCCUCUACACCACUUAUUAUAUUUAUGUACCAUAAUUCUAAUACUAUCAUUAAUGCUAAACCUGACUUUGAUAAGAAUUUUGAACGUAAAAUGUUUUUGGCAUGAGCGAGCCUGUAGCGAGGGCCCCCUAUACCUCUUGACAAUAUGCUUUCACGUAAAAAUAUUUUGCCUUUUCACGAGUCACGAAAAAUUAAAAAAAUUUCUUCCCGUUCACGGAAAAAUCGAAGCGAUCACAAUUCAUGAAUUAUUAUAGGAUGUCUUCCUUAAUUGUAGAAUCAUUGUACUCGUCUGUAUUUACCUCGACAUGCUUUCAAACUUCCAACUAUGUCGAAAACAGACUCCAGUACAUCAAGUACUUCGAAAAACAGCAACAACCGUAUUUAUUCCUUGGACAGCUGAUUACACAAAAGGUCGCAAAACAGAUGAUUCACGAAUCACACAUAUUUCUAUCUGCCAUUCACGGGUCACGGUUAAAUCGAAUGUUUCUUUCACGUGCACGUAAAAAGAUUGGAAGUCAUACCAUCACGAAGCCCGUCACGCUUCACGCAAAAUGUAUAGGGGGGCCUCUGUAGCCUGCGUGCUUCGAAACGACUGUGUACUUUUGUACUGAUAUUGACCAGUGGCCCUGUCACGAUAAUCAACACUUAUUGACUGGAACCAAGAAAAAUCGUUUGUUUUGUAUAACGUGGACCGGAAGUGAAAUCCAAGAUAACAUUGGCAGUUGGGGCAGCAAUACAUACGGCUUCACGAAAGUGCCAGUCAAUAAGUAUGCUAUUAUUAACUAUCAAGUCUUAUUGAAAAAGAAAUGAGAAAGCUCCAUAAUUUUGCGCCAUAACCAUGACUGACCUUUUAUCGAUGAGCACAGAUAUUCUCCACCGCUCAGAGCUGUUGCCACAAAUUGUAUAUCAUGACUUUCACGUAAUUCGCUCUCGUCCAAUGAGAGUUCUAGAAUACAUGAACUUCGACAUUUGGAAAAAAAUAAAGCAAAGUUACUUUGAUUUUUAUAUUACUUCAGAAAACAACCGUAACUGAUAAUAUAAUAAAAUUUCGUUCUAGACAAACGAGAUAGCGAGAAAAAAUCACUCUGCCAGCAACGUUCUCAAGAUGUUCUCUUGAUGAUUGAUACAACAAGGGAUAUGAAACCAUACUUUAAUAAAGCUUUGAAAUUUUUCGCGAAAUUCGUGAAGAGACUCAACAUUGCGGCUACCAAAACGGAUGUUGGGUUGAUGACGUUUGGAAGGAAUAGAAAACACCUUAACAUGGAAUUCGGAAAAUAUAAAUUUGAGAACGACAUCAGCAAGAAAAUUUUGAAAACCACGCAAACGGAAAAAUGGUCCAGUCCUGUUGAUGUUGCUGGCGCUUUACGUAUGGUUAACAAACAGGUAUAUGUACGCAGAAAUGUAUCAGCAUACUAAAACAAUUUUAACUUUAGAGAUAAUAGAAGAAUAGAGUAGGCAUUGAGAGAAAUUGAAGCUUCGUUCUGGACGCCAAAUCCAUGUGCAAAAACUAAGAAAAGUUAUUUUUCAUCAUUUGGCUUCAGUUCGAAUAUUGUAUUCCCUAAUAGAACUGAGUUUAUUGAAGUCUUCGCAGUUCGAUAUAACCAGAUAAAUGAGAAAUUUUGAGCUUUUUAAAAUAAAUUACUGAACAACAGUCAUGUUUUCGUUCGCUACUCAGUUUUUAAGCAAAUAAAUGCAAAGCCCAGUCGAAUUACAUUCACAACCCACCCUAGAAUCUAUAAAAAGCCCAUUUCAACUUCAGAUCACCCCUGAGGAAGACACUAGCUGGAUCUGGAAGUGUAGAAAUGUUGGGUAGUGAAUGCAAUUCGAUUGGGCAUCGCAUUCAUUUGCUUAAAAUCAGAGUAGCGAGCGAAAACAUGACUGAUAUUAUACCUGGUUCCUGUGAACUCACAAGCUUCAAAAAUUACAGAGCAAGUUGAUUUAAGAAACUCACACCUACUCUUAAAAGGAAAGCAGUGGCAAGUGCAUAUUAUUAAGAAAUUUAAUAUUUUUCAAUCUAUAGAUAUUCAACACCUCAACGGGAGGACACCGUAAGGGAUCCUCCGACCUCAUAUUCAUUGCAACACUCGGUAAGGUAUUGGACCGAUAUAAAAUACAAAAACAAAGUAAGAUGCUCAGGGCUAAAGGAGUUCGAAUUGCAGUAUUAGAUGUUGGUUUCAAAACUCCAGCGAUCGAUUAUCUUAAUGCUAUUCACGAUAUGGUUUCCGGAGCAAAAGAUAUAUACCCGAUGGACUUUAGAAAAGCUAGCACCAUCUCACAAGCUCUGCUGGAUGUGAAGUGUAAAGUGGAGGAAAAAACAGGUUUGCAUUAACAAACUACAUCAUGCCUGAAAAGCUGUGUCAUCAUCACUGCAAAUAUAAAUAAUUAUAAUUAUUAUACAUUCAAGCUUUACUCUCGUCUCUGAUUGGUCAACACUCCCGGCUAAUUUCUAAUUUGCUAUUGCUGUCACGUUAUUUCAGCUGCUGACGUGUCAGCCUGCAAUAAUAUUUUUUGGACAUGUGUUCGGUUGCAAGAAAUAAUUAUUGGACGCUGUAGAGCCCAAACCCCCAGCUCGGUCGGUAAAUUGUCUAAAAAGCCGAAACCAAAUGGUUUGCAGUAGGUAUACGCUUUUUUAAAGUUUGCUAGCCAAUGUUAACCAAUCAAAAUCGCGUAAUUUAAAGUUAAUUAACUACUAUGUUACCUGCAAAUUAGUUGUUAGUCUUGUUAAAAAGAAGUUAAAGUUUCACAUAACAGGUUUCUGAAAAUCAGCUCAAAUCACCACUAUAUUUGCCCAUGAUUACCCAUGAACGAGUAUUGGGGCAGUGUUACACUCUCCUCCCCCCUCCACACACACACAAACACCCGAUCGCUAUCAUAGAGAUUAUAAAUAACACUAGGGGGGGGGGGCAUCGUAAUCUUAAUUCAGUCAAAGAAAGGGAACGUGGCUAAUGGGGGGGAAAAAUUAAAAUGCUAAAAUAAGAGCGAGUUUGAGCCAAAAUAUCCGUGUUAUUUAUAAUCACUAGGGUCGCUACCGUAUCGAAGCUUGGUUAAAUAGAUUAUAAUGCUUAUAUGAUCGAUCUUUCCACCUCCAAUGAAAGUCCUUCAUUCAACAGUAUUAUUUUUUUCUAGUUUCUCCACAGUGUUUCUCACGAUCGCGUAAAGUCUUCUUCAUGUUGGACAGGUCGCAGAACCUGACUUACAGUGAACUGCCCAAAGUCAUUACAUUCAUUAAAGAUAUUGUGAAGAGAUUGUAUACCGACCCCAAUAACAUUGAAGUUGGCUUAAUGCACUACAGUGAUAUACGUACGGCAAGAUAUCCAUUGAUGUUGAGAAAAUGGUCGUUAAAAGUUGCCUUGGAUAGAAUAGAAUAUCUAAGAUACCGAUCAGGAAGAAAAAAUUUCUUGGGGUAUGCCCUGAAGACUGUCAGAAAGGUAUGAACCAUGUCUGAAAUGUUUAGAUGUCAUUAAGCGCAUACCUAAUUUUAAGAAUUUUUUAUCACUGCGCACUUUUAUGCAAAGUUUUAUCUAGCCGAGCAGAAACACGCCCACCCUUCUACUGUAUAACCACAAACACAACAUACACUGCUCACCGCCAAGUUUACGGGGACCCAAAUAAAGAAUUACAGUGAGAUAUACAUAGAUGUAUACGUAACUGUCAACUAUACUUCCAUGCAGAAUGCAGGAUCUGGCCAUUUCUUGGACCUCAAAUUUAAACGUUUUCCUGAGGAGAAUGCUCACAGGCCCCCUAAUCAUAGUGUUUCAAAAGAAUGUCGCCCCUUCAUUCCUCUGGGCGGUCUUGACAGCACUUUCAGUUACGACUGUCUUUGCAUUGACAACAUACUAGUUUCAUAAUCACAUACUUGUGGGAAAGAAAUAGUUUCGUCUUGGCAAAUCAAAGGCGGCUUAGGCGUGACAAACUUCUAGAGGAGUUCCAGGGGUAUAAUCUAGGCUCUCUGAAAGAGUAUUUUCGGCAAUGUACAGGGACAUUCUAUAGAAUUCUGAAGAUUCUUCACCAAUUAGAAAAAGUUAAGUAUCAUUCACUCCAUCUUCCAAGCUCAUCAACAGAUCUUUGGUGGGAAACUUUGUUCAUCUGAUAACCUUAAGUAUAAUAUUAGUGCAUGCGGACGUUCGAUCAUUUGGCAUUCAUUCAAAUUAUUCUCAAUCAAAAUGUUUUGAUUAAUACUGUCAAGUGGCAAGAUUAAUUUUUAGUUUAGUUUUUUUGUUCAUUGCUCACUUUUAUAUAUGGCGAAUACUGGUAAUAUAUAUCUAGACAAGACGCCUGCUCAGGCGUUCACACUGGCUUCGCGGUUGGUAAAAUACCAUCGCAAUACUCUAAAAAAUAAUUUGAAACAUGUAGAUGUUCUUCACUUCUUGACGGCCGUCACUUCAUGAUCACAAACAUUCAGAGGACGGCACAAUAAAAAUCCGUACAAAACCAAUAGAGUUCAGCGAUAUCAUAUCGAAAAACACAGAAAAGUUCACGCGCAUGCGCAAUUACAGCAUCUACGAUUUAUAACGUAGUUAAACUCGAAAGCCGUUCUGAUUAACAUUGUGUAGAAUUGGUCCUAAUAAUCGUCUGAGCAUGUUUUAGCUAAAUUGCGCAAUCCUGUGCCCACGAUGUCGCAAUGAAAAGUCACACUUGCGACAACAACAAAAAAUACACUAAAAAGACGGGAGGGGCAAAUGGAAGCAAGGGCAAAUUAUGACACUGGCUGCGGCCAGUGUAAUAAGAAUGCAAUUCCACAGUACAUGAUGCCUGCUUAUGGGCGACGUCACUCAAUGCAUAGUAAUUAGUUGUAUAUAUUUCUUAAAACUAUUGAAAAUACUGGAAAUGGUUUAAAAACUGCGCUAAAAUAGUAACAAGUGUGGAUACUAAAUUUCGCUUUGUUAUUGAAAAGACAAAAGAGACUAUAUUUAUCAAUUAUUAUCAAUUCUUUUCCCCAUUUGCAGAAAAUUUUUCUUUCUUUCAUAAGGACGUUUAAAUGUUUCAAAAUUUUGGCUGAUAUUUUCCUUAAUACUUUUUCUUUAUAUUCUAAAAUUUGCUUCCCUUAAACCAAAGGUGGCGCCAUAUUGAUUUGGACAUGUUUCCACAUUUCGAAAUUGGAGGUAAAUUAACCAUUUCAGGUCAUGCGUCAUACAAAUAUUUUUUUUUUUCAAUCAUGAAAGUAAGAUUGUUUAAAGCACAAUCUCCGGGUUGUCUUUUAGUUCUCUUAUUGGCAAAAAAUUCCCUUUUUCGGUCUUGUGAAAUAUUUUGCAAAUUGAUUUUAAACACUUAGCAUCCAAUAAAUGUUUUAUCUGCUAGCUAUGAAGGACAACUGUUGCAAUUCGUGGCUGCUAGCAUCUGUAGAAAUUCUGCAGAUUCUAAUUUUCAUGUUUAUUUUUAAUAUAGAAAUUCUUUAAGCGACCUCCAAAAGCUGACGAAGAGCGAAUCGUCAUCGUACUUGCGCACAGCGAACCAGCAGAUCCUGAAAAAGCGUUCAAAGUUAGCGAGAAAUUACGUUCACAAGGAGUGGAGAUUAUCACAGUCACCAUUCACACAAAAAAGACUCCAAUGAGGCUAAAUCCUCCGUACAGAGCUUUGGCAUCAUCAAGCUCGAGUGCACAUAGCUUUGAUUUUAGCAAUCUGCUAAACUCCAGCAUUGAUGUUUUGUUGAAUUUGUGCGAACUUAAUACUUGUCCA